CAACCAUCCUAUCCUCAUAAAUAAUUCUCAAAAGAAGUAAUCCCCCAAUUUUUCUCUUAAAAAGAAGAAGAAAAAAAUUCCUUCUUAGUCCCACAUUUUCAGGAAUCCAAAAUGGCUCCCAAGGCAGAGAAGAAGCCGGCCGAGAAGAAGCCUGCCGCAGCAGAGAAAGCCCCAGCGGAGAAGAAGCCCAGAGCCGAGAAGAAGUUGCCCAAAGAAGGAGUGAGCGAAAAGAAGAAGAAGAAGGCAAAGAAGAGCGUUGAGACCUACAAGAUCUAUAUCUUCAAGGUCUUGAAACAGGUACACCCUGAUAUUGGGAUCUCGAGCAAGGCAAUGGGUAUCAUGAACAGUUUCAUCAAUGAUAUCUUUGAGAAGCUCGCUCAAGAGUCUUCAAGGCUCGCUAGGUACAACAAGAAGCCUACCAUUACUUCUCGGGAGAUCCAGACUGCUGUCAGAUUGGUUUUGCCUGGAGAACUUGCUAAGCAUGCUGUCUCUGAAGGGACUAAGGCCGUUACCAAGUUCACUAGCUCUUAGGUGGAUAGGGUUUGUUUGGGUCUUUUGUGGGUUUUGCGGAGUUGGUCUUUGUGUGUGAUGUAAAGGUUGUUUGGAUUCUGAUCUGAACAAAAUUUAAUGAAACUUUAAUUUAGUUCAUAAA